CCGUAGACCGCCAUGAAAGGCAGAGAAGAAGUACGGAAGCACAUGGUGCAGGAGAUGUGUUUCUACUCACUUUAAUUCUUGAGAGUUUUCUUUUGUUUUAAAACCUUACAUUUUCACACCAAAGGUUAAACGGGUUUCGGCGUAUCGUCGGGACGUCCCGUUCAGUUUGCUUUACGAGCAGGUUUCUUCAUUGCCACCAUGGUUCGAGCAAAGAGGGCUAUAAAGGCACCGAGGCCUAAAAAAACUCAACGAUAUGGAGAAAAUGAUCCUGAAGCGUACAAGGACAUGCCUGUCCCUGAUAAGAGAUCUUCCAGGUACACAAAGGACAAAAUUGACGAGUUUCACGAUGAGAAGAUUGCAAAACUCCUGGCCAGUGGUGUUCAGAUGGAGAGCGACGUGGAGGAACUGGAUGAUGAGGAGGAAGUGAUGGCCCUGGAUGAAUCUGAGUCAGAGGAGGAUGAGGAGGGAGAGGAGGGGACAGACAUGGAGAGUGAUCUAGAGGGGAAAAAAGAAGAAGAUCUUCCUAACGAAAUGGCAUGGGGCACCAAGAAGAAGAUGUUCUAUGACACUGACUAUAUAACCCCCAAAGGAAAAUCCCAGGAAGAGUUGGAAGCUGAGGAACAAGAGGAGGAAGAAGAGGCAAAAAAAAUCCAAAACCGUUUGGCUGAAAAUCUGAGCGAGGAGGAUUAUGAUUUAAACCUCUUUAAGGAGUUUGCUGUUGAGGAAAAGGAUGAAAACAAGGCCGUAGAGAAGGAGGAGAGGAUCGUGAAGGACCUGAAGCAAAUGUCCCAGAAGGAAAAGAUGAAACUCCUGAAGAAGGAGUCACCAGAGUUGCUUGAGCUUAUUCAGGACUUCAAGGCAAAGCUCACUGAACUGAAGGAUGAAUUGCAGCCCCUCGUACAGAUGGUCAAGGACGGAAAGAUCCCACCAGGCAAGGGCGCUGACUACCUCAAGACAAAACAGCAACUUUAUCUAAAUUACUGCACAAAUAUCAGCUUCUACCUGGUGCUGAAAGCGAAACGAAUCCCUGCUCAUAACCAUCCUGUGAUUGAAAGACUGCUCACCUACAGAAAUCUCAUCAAUGAGCUGGGUUCAGUAGAUGCUCGGCUUGCACCACAGUAUCGCCAGCUCCUAGCAGGUGAGGAGAAAGAGAAGGCCGCCAGCGGACCAGCAAAGGGAAAGAAGAGCAAAGUCUCCAUUAAGAAUAAAAAGGAUUCUGAAGAAGAAUCUGAGGUGGAGGAGGACUCUGACCUGGACGAGGAGGCUGCUUUGCGUUUCUACAGAGAAGUUGAGCAGCGGAUGAAGAGGAAGCGCGGUGGACCAGAAGCGGAGGAGUUGGCGGAGAAUGAGGAAGAACAGGAGGAGGAGCAGCCAGAUCCAGAUGCUAAGAGAGGAAUAACUUACCAGAUGGCAAAGAACAAAGGUCUCACACCAAAGAGGAAGAAGAUUGACCGUAAUCCCAGAGUCAAGCACAGAGAGAAGUUCAGACGAGCCAAAAUCCGCAGAAAGGGCCAGGUCCGGGAGGUUCGCAGGGAGGAGACGAGAUACAGCGGAGAGCUGUCUGGUAUUCGUGCCGGCGUCAAGAAGAGCGUCAAACUUAAGUAACCAGGAGAGAAUCCAAAAUCUGCAGCCAAUUGUAGCCGUGGGAUUAAAAAGACACCAUUGGAUUGUACUUUUAAAUGUUUAUUGGUAUUGGUGACUCAUGUAGUAAAGCAUAUAACUGAAUGAAUCAACUGUCAGAUAAUGAUUUUAAAAAACUAAAUGUUUUUCUGUUCUGAUCAUUUGAACGUAAAUAAACAUUUUACAAACUUUUAA